GAUUCAGUGACGACGCUGGGAACUUGCUUCCAACAUGGCGGCGGCCGGGUGUUUGCAGCGCGUGUUGGACGAAAGCGAGCUCUCUGCUCUUCCCCAGGCCGUUGUUGAGAAGCUAGAGGGACAUUUGAAGAAUUAUGACGUUAGUAUGGAUAGCGUGCAGGCUGAUUGUGAGCAGGUCAAGAUAAGUUUGGAGGAGAAAACCCAGCUCCUUGAGAGGGAAGUUUCCACAUGCCUGGAUGUGCAACAGCAGCUACAUGACCUGGAGGAGAAGCAUGUUGAAGUGGAAAAGCAGCUCAAGCAAUACAAAGAGUCUGCUGGUGAAAAUGAAGCCACACAAAACAAGCUGGAGCGUACCAUCAGGUCUCUGGAGGAGGAGAAACAAGAGAUGCACCGCAUGCUGGAGAAAAAGACAUCAGAAAUCGACAGACUUAAUGAUGAAUGGAAGUCCAUGUCAGAGCAGCUAGCAGAGGCCAACUCCACCAGGCUGGAGGCCAAGGUCAAACUGGACCAGAUUGAGAGCCAGGAGCUCACUAUCAAGUACAAGGAGAAACGCCUGGAGCAGGAGAAGGAACUGCUGACAAACCAGAACCAGUGGCUGAACACUGAACUGGAGAAGAAAACACAGGAACUUUUGAACCUAAGGAAAGAGAAGUCCACAGAGAUCCUGCACCUGAAGACCCAGCUGGACAGUAAGACUGAGGAGGCCAGCCAUCUGCUGGGGACUGUGGAGGGGCUGAAGAAGACAACCACCGACCAGACCAGCAGGAUCGAGACUCUCAUCCAGAAACUCAAGGAUUCACAUGAUGCACAGUCCAUUGCAGAUGAACAGUUCAGAAAUGAGCUCCACUCCCAGAAGAAGCUGGCCUCACUCUAUCAGAGUGCUUCAGAGGAGGCAGAAACAAAGUCUGCUGAACUGACUACAGCUGUACAGGAACUACAGAAACUCCUGAAACAGGCCACCUCAACACAAGAAGAGUUAGAAGAAAAACUAGAAAAGACUGAAGAUGAGCUCAGAAAAAGGGUAACAGAUUCAGAUGAGAAAAUAAGCAGCUUGGAGGAAGAGUUGAAGAAUGCUAAUGACCUACUGAUGGUAGCUAGAAAAAGAGGUGCUGUGUCCAUGUCAGACUCUGAGGUGGGGUCCACCUUCCCAGUAGCAGCUGCCACCAGCAGUAUGCUGACAUCUGGGAUGACUCUUACUGAGAUCUACAAUGAGUAUGUAAAGGCAACUGAUCAGUUGGAGCUGGAGAAGAUGGAGUCGACUCGAAUGAAGGGUUACCUGGACCAGAUACUGGAGGAGAUAGAACAGAAGGCCCCAGUGUUGCAGAGGCAGCGGGAGGACUAUGAGAGGUCACUACAGACCAUCAACAAACUGUCGCAGAAACUGGACACCACUGCACUGGAAUGUGAGCAGCUGAGAGCGGAGGUUGAUGACAGCCGUCGCCGGACAUCCCACCUGACGCGGGAGAACGAGCGGCUGUCGACCCGCGCGGUGGACCUGAGCCAGCAGGUGCGUGUCCUGCUGAAGGAGGUGGAGGAGGCUCGCGGCGGGCACGUGGCAUCUGGAGAGGCCGAGGUGUCGUCCUCCGCAGAUGUGGCCACCUCAUCACAAGUCAUCUCACAGAAACUGGUCACAUUCAGGAGCAUUGAGGAACUGCAGGAGCGUAAUGAGCAGCUGCUGACCCUGAUGCGAGAGAUGAGCGCUGAACACGAGAGGGCGGAGAAGGAAACAACAGACACCAGGAUCCAGGAGUUGGAGCGUCAGCUGGAGAUGUCCCUGCAGGAUGUGGAGGCUCUACGGGAGGCGAGGGACAAACAGCAGACCAUGGUGGAGUCCCUGGUGCAGCAGAGAGACAUGUACAGGGUCCUCCUGGCACAGCAGACUGCAGCUCCGACCCCCAUGGCACUAACACCUGGUGUGAGACAGGUGACGUCCACGCCCAUGCCAGGUGCUGUGGAGCCGAGGACACCUGGUAUCCAGGGUGCUCUCAUGGAGGAUGAGACACAGACACAGGCUGCCCUGAAACAGCUCAAGUCUGAGUAUGACACUUACAGGAAGGAGAAGGCAGAGAAUGACAGAAUCCUUCAGGAGCAGCUGGAGAAGCUGAGGUCAGAGGUCAGCGACUUCCGAACACAGAAUGCCCGGCUGUCCUCUCAGCUUGAGUUUUCAGGAGAGAGGUUCAAAGUACUGCAGGCUAACAUGGAGAGUUACAAGAAGGAGAUCUCAUCCCUGACAGAGAGGAACCACAAGUAUUCCAACGAUGUGGUGAAACAACAGGGACUCAUUAACACUCUCACUCAGGACCAAAUGGCGACUAAGGAGCGCCUGGCACAGACGGAGGUUCAGCUGAAGAACCUGCUGGUGGAGAGAGACAUGCUGAAGACCACAGAGGCCCAGCUGUCACGGGAGAACGAGUCACUCAGGAGAGAACAGAAGAGUCAGAACAUCCUCUCCACUAACCUGCAGAUGAUACAGAACAACCUUGAGCGAGCAGACUUUGAGAACAAGACUCGGUACCAGUCUCAGAUAGAGAACCUGGAGAGAGAGCUGAGUGCUGUCAGGAAGAAGCUCGAGGAUGAAGCCGAGCAUCACAAGAAGGUUGUCAAAGGCUGGGAGGCUCGUCUAGAAGAAGUGCAGUCCCAGCUGACCAGGUCAGAGGGCGCUCAUAACUCCACCAGGGAAGAGCUGAGGAAGGCCAAUGACUUUGUGCAAGAGCUUAAACAACAGUGCUCCACACUGGAAGGUAAGUUGGCUUCAGCUGAAAUGCGGCUGUCCCAGUCCCAGAGACAGGGUGAAGCUGCUGAGGGGACGUCACCCAUGGACACGUCAUCCCUGACGGACGAGACAAAGACACUCAAGAACCAGCUGCAGCUGCACCUGAAGGAGAUUGCAGGUCUGAAAGAGCAGGUUAGCCUGGGCAAACAGCAUGUGGAAAAUUACAAGAACAUGGCCACAGCCAUGGAGAAGAACCUGUCAGAACAGAACCAGGCUAGCAGGCAGCUGCAGGAGAGGCUGGAGACACGUCUGAAGGAGGCUACACAGACACGGGAGACCCUGGAGAAACAGAUCCAACAACUGGAGAGGGAGAAACAGGCCGCAGGCAAGGAGCUGUCAGAAAUCAGGGACUCCCAGGGGAAGCACACGGCUGACCUGAGGAAGUCCCUGGCCAGUCUGCAGACGGAGGUGAGGGAUGCCCUACAGAAGGCAGAGGAUGCCAACAGGAAGGAGCAGGCCGCUCGCAACGACCUGGAACAGCAGGUCAAACUCGCCUCAGAGGCCCAGGACAAAUAUGAGCGAGAACUGAUGCUCCAUGCUGCUGAUGUACAAGCGCUGUCCGCUGUGAAGGAACAGCUAGAGGAUCACAACGACAAGCUGUCAGCUGCUCAGGAGGAGGCCAAGAAGGCUGGAGAAGAACUGCGUUUGGCAAAGGUAUCAUGGGAGGAACAGAAGCGAAUCCAGGAACAGUCCAUGUCGUCUGUACAGUCUCGCUGUCAGGAACUGGAGAAGCAGAACAACCUGCUACAUGAACAGAUAGAGAAGCUGAGUAACCAGAUGUUGAGUCUGCAGACACGUCCAGCAGGAGAGACCACUGUGACGGCCGCCUCCGUCAGCGAGGAGGGCAAGUCAUCGGAGCAGCUGCUGGAAAUCAUCCACUUCAUCCGGCGCGAGAAAGACAUCUCGGAGACUCGGUUUGAAGUCGCACAGGCGGAGAGUGUUCGGUACCAGCAGAGACUUGAACAGCUGGAGAGACAGCUGUCAGAGGCACAGCAGGCACUGGCAGAGGAGCGCAGCAGGACAGAGGCCACAGCUCAGACUGCCCUGCAGCACCAGGAGCUGAUUAAGAAGGUGGAGACUCUGAACGUGCUGACUGACAGUAACAAGCUGCUGAGGGAGGAGAAGGAGAAGGUGGAGGGACAGCUGCAGGAGGUCACAGCUAAGGUCCAACAGCUGCAGAAGGACAUUGAGCCGCUCCAGGAGUCCAACCGUAAGCUGUCCACCAUGAACGGCUCCCUGCAGGCAGAGAACACCAUGCUGAAGAAAGACGUGGACCGCUGGACGGCACGGACACACCAGCUGAUCGAACAGUCCAACAAGGCUGACCCCGAGGAGAUUAAGAGACUGACAGAGGAGAGGGACAACCUACAGAAGCAGCUGAGCAGCAACACAGAACAGAUGCACAAGUUCCGCGCCGAGUCCUCACGCCUCAACUCACAGCUGUCAGCAGCGAGGAACGAGACCAGCGCAGCCAAGGGAGAAAUGACUAAAUUCAAAACGGAGGUGAGCCAACUGAAAGCCCAGUACAGCUCACUACAGGGAGAGAUGGCAGGGGAGAAGAGCUUCAACAGCAAGCAGACACAGGAGAUUGAAGCUCUGAAAACACAAGUCCAGACCAAAUCUCAAGAGGUAGAGGAGAAGGUUAAGAAUGUCACCCAGCUGAAGAAGAUUGGUCGACGCUACAAGAUGCAGUUCGAAGAGAAAAACACAGAGUGUGAAGCACUCAGCAAGGAACUGGAGUCUGUUAAGAAGGAAAAUGAAGAGCUUAAGACCAAAGCUGCACAGGCACCGACACAGGCAGCCACAGAAGCAGCAACUCCUCAACAACAAGCUCAGUUAGAGGAGAAGACAAAGGCUCUGGAGGAGGCGCAGCAACAACUCAAGACAUUUGAGGAGCAGGUGACCAAGUUAAGACAAGAGGCAGCUGAUGUGGAGGGGAAACUGAAGAAGUCUGAAGAGGAGAAGUCUGCCCUUCAGCUGUCCGAGUCAAUCCUCAGCAAGUCUCUCACUGAUGAGAAGGAGAAGGCCAAGAAAGUGCUGUUUGCUGCGAAACAGAAGAUACAGCAGCUGACCAACCAGCGAGACAGCAGGGACAAGGAGGUGACAGAACUGAAGGACAAGAGUGCAGCAGCAGAGCAGAGCAAGGAAGAACUAGAGCUGCGACUCUCCUCACUCAAGUCACAGUAUGAGGGUAGGAUCAUGAGACUGGAACGUGUGGUAACAGUGACCAACACCAUGGCAGUGGUCCAGGCCACAUCCACUCAGCAGGCCACGGCCUUCGUCCAGCCUACCCAGCAACACUCAGUGGUCAGUGGGGUGCAAGCAGAAGUGCAAGACAUCCAGCCGUCAGCCACUGUUAGCCCCACCCCCGUUGAUCGUACCCCCACCCCCGUGGAUCAGACCGCCACCCCUCCCCACCCCUACGAGCCUCAGCCUGGCCCCUCCACGGCACCAGAGCCGUCCCAGGAGGACGCGGCGCCCACGGGGAAACGGCAGAGGGAAAUGUCUGCUCCAGACGUGCAGGGUGGAGAUGCACAUCCUGUUACUAAACGGGCUAAGACGGAGGCACCAGCAGAGGAGCAAACUGAAAUCUCAGAGGCAGAUCAGGGGCUGGGAGAAGAAGAGAGGGAAGACGAGCCUGGUGCAGAAGAGCCUCUGCCGGAAUAUGAGGAAGGGGACAGUGUAGAUGAUGAAGACUAUGAAGAUGAUGUGGAAGAAGGGAGUGAAGGAGAAGAGGAAAUGGAGGAAGAACAAGAAGAGGAGGAGGAAGAGACUUAUGAGAUGGGUGAGGAAGGGGAGUCUGGAGAGGAGAUGCAGGAGGAGGAUGCUGAGGAGGAGGAGGAGGAGGAGCUUGGGGAGGAGGACCAGGGCAGUGAUGAGGACGUGGUGGAGAUUGUGGAUGAUGAUGAUGAUGAUGAGCCAACCAUGGAAGGUGGUGACCAGUCGGGGAGUGAAGCUGCCCAGCCCAUGUCUACUGACCAGGACAACCAGCCAGCACAACAGCCACAGGAGGAGCAGUCCAGACCAGCUGUCCAGCCCAGACCACGCCAGCCCGUCCCCACUCUGACUGUCCAGCCCCCACCCACUGACCAGUCUCAACCACCUCCCAUUCAACCACAGGGUCACGGUGGACCAGCUUUUGAAGACGUGGAUGACUGCACGGUACCCAGCACCCCGACCCUGUUUGUACCAAGAAGAACUGACGGCUUCGCGGAAGCCCUCAAUUCUCCACAGAUCCAGGGUGUGCGCUUCUCCUUCGGUCCUCCAUCUGAGAUUGCAGAGAUGCAGCGAGCCCAGCCUGGAUUAGCACAACUGGCUACACAGGGAGCCCUUGGCAUGGAUGACACCCACAUGGACCUGUUGGGUGGCGAGGACGAGGGUUCAGGCCGCAGCGUUCCUACAACCCCAGUACAACUCACUGCACCAGUUACAGUGUUCAGUGAAGGUGGGCCGUCGGUGCUGGAACAUGUAGAAAUGAGCACAGUACAGUCCAUCCCACGUGUGCCCUCCCCGCGUACAUCCCCGCGAGCUGUGCCCGUGUCGGAGCCGCCCAGCGAACAGGCCUCCCAGGAUGUGCCCCAGAGUACCGGGGACAGUCAGGAGGAACCCAGCCUGGAAGAGGAGGAGGUAGAAGGGAGGGAGGGAGAUGAAGAAACAGAAGAGCCAGAAGAGGAAAGUAAGGAGGCAGCGACAUCAGGAGGUGAUGCCUCUGCUCCCACUGAAGAACCAGCAGCUGAAGCUGAAGCAAGUGGACAGGUGCAGGCAUCCUCAUCAGGUGCUGGUCCCUCUACAGGUGCCACGGGGAGCACAGAAUCCAGACCCAAGCCCAACAUAAAGCCAGUGGUGUGGUCAGAGGGCCCCAGCACCUCACAACCUCCCGCUCCAACUCAGCACCAUCCACAGAGGGGCAGGGGCAACCGCAGGAUGAGAAUUAGAGGAUCAGCUGGUCCACGUCGGGGGUUCCGAGGGUCAAGAGGAGCGGGCCCGCCGCGUCAGCAACCUUUCUAGCUGCUCUCAUCUGUCAAUCACAUUAGUCAUUACAUCCCUGGAUGUGCUGUUGCAAUUAUGUACAUGUAAAAGACUUGUACAUGUGCUUCAAGAAAUACUGAAUGAACACCAGACUACAGACCAAAUGCUUAAGAAACUUACUGUUAAUGGUUACUGUUUUGGUGACAUAAUUACAAUAUGAAGAAGACAGUAUGUGGACAUUGUAGUUAUCAGUGGUACUGUGUGUGCUGAUAUACUGUGUAUUAAGAUGUAGGAUCUGAGUUUGGCAAAGCAAAAUGUGUUAGAAAUACAUUUAAUGUAUAAAUAUGGCUAUUCAUGCUACCUAAUCAAAAAUUUUCUGAAAGAAGAAUAUUUAGGAAGGAAGCAUAAUUAUGUAGUUUCUGCUGUCAGUGCCUACUGCCUAAUGUACAUUUGUAGGUUUAGCAUUGUGCCAUAUUGUCUGUAUCUGAUUUGGCAGCAUUAGUUAUAACCACCAUUGUAAUUAGGUUGUAGCUGGAAGUGUAACAAGAAUAAGAUACACAUGCUUUUAGAAAAAGACAACACGCUGUUCCCAUUCACUUACCAUUGUAAUACAUAUAUCACCCCCCAAAUUGUGUCUUAUGAUGAUGCAGUAAGGAUCUCACAUCACAGAGUAAUAAGCCCUUUCACAGUUAAAAUGCACAUGUGCAAGGACAUAGGUGAAGUCGUCAAACUUUUAAACACUUCUUGUCCAAAACAUGCUUGACACAUAUGUCCAAACAGGUUUUGUUCAUGGGUCUUCAACUUUCACAUACUAGUGGUAUCCACCAUGUGGCUUAUUGAGAGCUUUAGCAUUAGCUUCAAUAUUCAUGUAAGUUUAAUGAAAUGUUUUGUGCAACAUAUAAAUUGGAACUGUGAUGUAUCCCUCAUCAUUUGGGCAACUACUCUGUUGAGAUAGCACUGUUAAAUCAAUAUAUAUAUAAAAUAGGAGUUACUUGUAUCACAAAAACCUUUUUUGCAUUCCAGUAUAGUUUUGCUUCUUUUACUCGUCAGCAGGAUGGUUCUACAGACCCCUGUUGGUCGGGAAGAAUUAUAUGUGAAUAAAGAUUUAAACCAGUAAAAACUUAACUCAAG